UACACACACACCUCAGUGAGUUACUGGAGGUACCUUCAGGGUUUGGGGGUGAACUUCCUGCUGCUGAGUCCAGAUGUGGGACGAUGCCCACUGGUUACAGCCUUUAGGCAGAAGAAGAGAGCGACGGGAAGCAGGUGGGGGCUCACGGUGAGUAAAGAACGUGGUCAGCAGGGCGAGACGGAUCCUCAUGAGCGCCGCUUGGAGGAGGUCACCUGACCUGUGGUCCAGUGGAGAGGGAGGGGGGCAGAUGAUUGAUGAUGAUCCGGGAUUCAAACCCCAUCGAGGAGCUCCGCCCCCCCCGUAAUAUGCAACUACGGUCCAAUCAUUAUAUUAGAAGAGUGAGUGAAUUGAAAAGGAGCUGUCAAUCACUCUGCUCAGGUGUGUUCAUCCUCGUGACGUCACAGGCCCGCAGCACUCUGCCCAGGUGUUUGUACUCGUGACGUCACAGCCCGCAGCACUCUGCCCAGGUGCGUUGGUCCUCGCGCGUCACAGGCCGACAGGUGAUUUGAAUAAUCCGUUUCCUCGUUUCUUCACUCGACUUCUCAAACGCGUCCAACUCGGACACGCGCCGAGGACGAGAGAGACUUCGAGGCCGAGACACGAGCGCGCACCUCGGGCAGCGGCACCUGAGCUGCGGGGGUGUGAGAGCGGAGCCCGGCCAGGUGAUGCUGCGGCGCGGGCGGUGAUCGCGGACGACGAGGCGCCAGGAGCAUCUUCAUCAUCCUUCACGUGUUCAUCUCUUCCAUCACGUCAUGAAUCCUUACGCAAACACGAGACCACCUCCGACUUUGCCCUCUAACCCAUACGACAUUACCCACAAUGCCCCUCUGUCGGCCACCUCCCCCGCGCUCAUCCAGACGGGUCACAGCUCCGUGGCGUUCCACCAGGCCUCGGACGCUGGUCACCAGCUGGCGCCGCCUCCUUACUCGGGCUUUGUCCUCGCGUCCCGGUCCAGCCUCGUUCCCGUCCCGUCUCCCCCGCCGCCCCCUCCCCCCGCCACCCCCUUCUCCUGCCAGGUCUCGGUCAUCGUCCCGUCCCCGGACCUCCGCCCGUCACCCCCGUCGACCCGGUGCGGCGAGGACGCCUCCCCGGACCUGGAGUGCUCCGUCUGCUUCAGCCAGUUCAACAACGUGUUCCGCUGUCCCAAGAUGCUGCAGUGCCGCCACACCUUCUGCCUGGAGUGCCUGGCGCGCAUCAACGUCAAGUCGGCCGAGCCGGACGCCAUCCAGUGCCCGCUGUGCCGCGGCCUGACGGCGCUGCCCGCCCUCGGCCUGCCGAGACUCGCCACCAACCGGGACCUGCUGUCCUACCUGCCGGCCGCCAUGCAGCGCGUCUACAGCGUGCGCUUCCUGCGCAGCAAGGGCAAGCUGGAGGUCAAAAGGUCAUCCGAAGGUCAGCGGCGGUGGGGUCAGAGGUCGCUGACGUCCCUGAGGUCGGCAAACCGCUCCCUGGACGUGGGGCUCCCCAGCCCGCCGGCGGGGGCGCGCGGCGGCGGCGCGGGGGGGCCGGGCAGCGAGGGCGGGCUGGGCGAGGCUCUGUUCAGGCUGACGGGCCGGCCGGCGUGCCGCGCCUUCCUCCUCGCCGCCGUGGUGAUGAUGAUGGCGCUGCUGACGGGCAUCAUCAUCUACCUGCUGGCCUUCCCCAACGCGUGAGUGACGUCACACCCUCUCCCGCCCCAAACACCUGCAGCGUUGUGAGGGUCCAGAUGUGCGGAGGGCUUUUCUGAUGGUUACCGCGGCGACACACCAGCACCUUGUUUUCAUUUCUCCACUGACGAAGUAAAAAGAAGAUGGUCGACGCUGCGUCUCCGUCUCUGGAGGAAGCGGGUGAACAUCCUGUUACUGACAUGCUAUAAUAAUAAUAAUAUUAAUAUAUAUUUAUACAUCUGCACUUUACAAAGAGAAACGUCAGACGUCUCCAGACUUUCAGGUCGAAUCCUCAAAGGUUUAAUAUUUCAGUUUAUCACUUUAUAUUGUUGUAAAACGUCCUCCAUA